AGCCCGCUGUACACAUGUUGACGUUGGAUGGCCAAUUUGAGUUAGGCCUGUCUUAUCUCUUGAGCAAGCCACUCGAAAAUGACAAAACUCCCACCGAAGAAGGCAAGGAAGGCAAGGGAAGGGCAGAGGAUUUACAGAGCUUGCCUUGGACUUGCAGGUACGACUUACACAGAUAGGGAAGGUAGACCUUCGCCGAAGGUUUGUUAGCCUCACCUUUGUGCACAUAACACGUGCAGAAACCUUGUCGAGGAUGCGUAACCCAGCUUAAGCUUAGCUGAAAGAUUAGAGGCUAGGUAAAUAUUUAAUGUUAUUCCUUACCAUGCCAAACAUUUUAUUCUCGAACUUGUUGUCUCGCGCUUAUCUAGCUGAGAUUUGGUGACAGCUAUACCUAAGGUAUUGCUUCACUAUUCAACUAGUUCCCGUCGCUAGGUCCUAGUGUCUAUCUUGAAUAGACUUCCUCUUUAAUGGCCUUUUGUUGUAUACAUAUAUAAGUUGAGCAUUCCCUUCAGUAGCAUUGUCGUCGUCAUACCGUCAUAUUGCUAUCGGCUUAUCUCGGCUUAUCCCGACUCACUACAACCAACAUUCUCAUCACUGUCUCGACCGUCAUCACAGUAGAAAAUGCUUUGGGGCAAGAAGAAGGAGGACGAGGACCAAGAAGUGGUCUCUGAUUCCAUCGAUACGGGACCUCCUAUUGACCAGAAACCCUUUUGGCAAGUCAUUUGGCCUGUCCUGGCUUGCGGCGCUGGUCUCUUCUCCGAUGGUUAUGUGAACAACGUCAUCGGUUCCGUAAGCACGACCUUAGGAUUAGAAUAUGGAGAUGUGUACAACAACUCCAACGCAGCCAGCAUCGUACCGGCUAUCGCGUUCGCAGGAACUGUGGUCGGUCAACUGUUUUUCGGAUACCUAUCCGACAAGUGGUCGCGCACGAACUCUCUCCUCAUAUCGACUAUCAUCCUAAUCAUCUUCACGGCUCUUGCCGCUGGAUCCUAUUACCAUGGCGAUGCUGUAGGGUUAUUCAAUAUUCUGACUGCUUGGCGAUUCUUUGUCGGUAUCGGCAUUGGAGGCGAGUAUCCGGCCGGAAGUGUGAGCUGCGCCGAGUCUAGUGGAGAGUUGAAGAGCGGUACCCGGAACACCUGGUUCAUUCUAUUCACGAACACUAUGAUAGACUGGGGCUUCGUCUUCGGCGCAUUCGUCCCAUAUGUCGUUGCUGCUGCCGCUCACAAUUCCCAUUACAGCACAAUCUGGCGAACAAGUUUGGGAAUUGGCGUCGUGUUCCCGCUAGUACUGUUUGUCCUUCGUCUCAGGUUAAAAGAACCUGUGGAAUACUCCCGGAACUCCAUGAAGCAUGCCAAGACGCCAUACCUUCUCAUACUAAGAUAUUAUGGAUUCCGACUACUAAUCGUCAGUUUGAUCUGGUUCAUCUACGACUUCUCGGCUUAUUCAUUCUCAAUCUAUUCGAGUUCCAUUCUCGCCAACAUCUACGGAGACAGUACGGUUUUAACGACUGUUUUCGGAUGGAACACGGUUAUCAACUUGUUUUACAUUCCGGGUACUAUGUUGGGAGCUCCGAUUAGCGAUCGCCUUGGUCCUCGUUACACCCUUAUCCUCGGCCAAGUUCUCCAGGCGAUCGUCGGUUUUAUCAUGGCCGGCUGCUACGCGAAAAUCUCGCAUCCUUCUGUUGUCGGCGCCUUUGCGGUGGUAUACGGCAUCUUCCUGUCCCUGGGCGAGAUUGGACCCGGAAACAAUAUCGGCCUGCUAGCGGCCAAGACCUGCGCGACGGGCGUCCGAGGUCAGUACUAUGGCAUCGCCGCGGCUAUGGGCAAGAUCGGUGCCUUCGUCGGUACAUACGUGUUCAAGCACAUCAAAUCGUCCGACGGCGACCCUGUUAAGUCGGCUCAGUACAAGUUCUACGUCAGUUCUAGCUUGUGCAUCUUCGCAGCCCUCCUAGCUUUAUUGCUUCCCCACAUCGACCAGGACACCAUUACCAAGGAGGACGCCAAAUUCAGGGUCUUCCUCGAAAGCAAGGGCUGGGACACGAGACAACUUGGGCUCAAGAAGGGGGAGAGCCUCGAGGCUUUACCGGAGGAGUCAGAGGAUGCUACCGUGCCAGUGGCUGAUAAGGCCGAGUGAUGUUGGUCUAGGCCAGUGUUUUGAGUCAGUUAAAAUCGGGUUCAGUUGCAUUGGAUACCCCCCUUUUCCUUGGUUGGGAAGCGAGAUGCCUCAUAUCAUUAUUGCAUUUUGGAUAAUGAAUAGACAAUAGAGAACAGUAUACUUCUAUAUCAACAGUGCUAGGACAAAAGUGACCUAUAAGAUUAGCAAUGCCAAUCUUGAUAAAGCAAUUUUGCUAUUACUGUCACCGUCGUCCGGGUUUCCCGUACUCAUGAAUAGGUAUCAACCUUUUCCCUGUUCUCUGAC